AUUGCAAAACUAGAGAAAGAGAGAAUUGAUACAAUCAGAAAGAAAGUUGCAAGAAAAUGGCAGACUGCUGGGAUGACGUGAUGGCCGGGCCUCACCCUUCAGGUGCCCUUGGCAAGCUGCGAAAGAGUCUUUCCCUCAACAUUGAUCAUGGUGGGGUGGGAGAAGGGUCCAGCAGCAAAUACCAAAAGGGGGCGAUGCCGGGCAGCCCUGUUGGUCCGGCGACACCAACUACACCAUCCCCAACGGCAGCGCGUAAAGACAACGUGUGGAGGAGCGUUUUUCACCCCGGCAGCAACCUCGCUACCAAGUCCAUUGGUGCUGAUGUCUUUGACAAGCCCAAGAAUUCCAACUCUCCCACUGUUUAUGAUUGGCUUUAUAGUGGGGACUCCAGAUCACAGCAUCGUUGAAUUGAUGAAGAGGGGAUACUGGAGGUCAAAUUUAAUUGUUUAGGAAUACCUGCACUCUUGCAGACAUGAUUAUUUUCUGGAGUAGAGACUUGAUUCGUGCUCUGUCAUUCCAUUUUAUUUACUAAAUUAAAUAAUAGCUGCUCAUGACCUGUCAAACUUGAUACUUAUUUUAAAGAUUUGAUCUGGACUUGUUUGCCCCAUAUUUGCCGCAUGAAGCUUGAUUUUGGAGAUAAUUAAUUGCAUCCCUUUA